CCAACAUGGACCCGUGGCAAGGACGGGAUGUGAGUGUGCUACGACAAUAACACGACGGAGGAAAGAGGAAACACGAAAAUACACGAACCCAUCGACGGCGCUGCUUUCUCCCACCGAGCCUCCUCCGAUCCGCGCACGGUGUUUGUGAUUCCUCUUCUGGAUAGAAUUUCCUCAACAUCCUCUCUUCUGUGUUCGGCCUGGAUCAAUGGUGUCUCUCAGCAGCAGAACGCUGAGUUUGGAGAAUGACUUGUUCAGGGACAGCAGCAGCAGCAGCCUGUUCUCCCUUGGCCUGGGAGACGGCGCCUGCAGUGAGAGGGGCAGUUUAGCUUCCUGUGACAGUCCUGAGGCGGGGGACUUGGGCACCAUGCACAGCUCCAGCCCUGGAGAGGAGGAGGAUGAGGAGGAGGAAGAAGAUGAAGAUGAUGGAUCACGUCUGCAUAUCUUGCUUGGAGCAGCAGGAGAAGAGGAACCUGCGAGUCAGGAGCCUAAGCUGCCAGAAUUCCCGUUCCAUCCCUCUUCCCCGUUCUCCCCGACCCUGGAGGACAUAGAGGAGUUCUUGAGGGAAAAGAUGGAACUAGUCAAAGAGGGGCUAAUAACUCCCAAAGAGGAGGCUUCCCCUCUCCCAUGCAGCUCCAGUGACUCUCCAUACCCCGCUGCGCCCCCAGCCUCCUCCUCAGAGACUUGCAGUGACCCAGGGACGUGUGCCUCCCACUGCCUUUCUGGCCCCAACACCCCUCAUAAUGAGCAAAACAGCCCCAGCCCCAGUCCAACUGACCCUUCCCCUUCUGCCCAGGCAACCCCUUCACCAUCCACCUUAACUCCCCCAGUGCUCCUGGGUGCUCCGCUGGUUCUUCAGCUCCAGCCCCUACCUCUGGCCCAGCCUCAGACCCCAGCAGGCUCUCCUCCUGGGGCCCAAAAUGGCAUUUGGCUAACUCAUCUCGUCAUGGGGCUCCAGGGUGCUACAGGACAAAAUCUCACCCUACUGGCCCCCCAGGUGCCCUCCACCCCCACCACCUUUUUGUCACUAAACAGUGGGGAUAGCAAGUCACCUGACCAGAAGUAUGUGAAGAUUGCCCCUCUGCCCAUCACAAUGAGGACUGUGGAGAUUACGGGUGUGACUGGGGUCGGGGCCCAGGCCACCGGUUUGUUGAAAGCCAUGGCCCCCCGCAUGACCAGAGUGCCACCUACAGAGAGGGUCCAUAAGUGCUCCCACCCGGGCUGUGGGAAGAUGUACACCAAAAGCAGCCAUCUGAAAGCUCACUUCCGGAGGCAUACGGGAGAGAAGCCCUACACCUGUAGCUGGCCUGAGUGUGGCUGGAGGUUCUCCCGAUCUGACGAACUGUCUCGUCACCGUCGCUCUCACUCCGGCAUCAAGCCGUACGAGUGCUCACUGUGUGAAAAGAAGUUCGCCCGCAGUGACCACUUAUCCAAACACACGAAGGUCCACCGCAGCUCCAGGCCCAGCAGGAUUAUCAGAGCCACUGUGUGACACCUUCAGCUGGCCUACACACUUACCCUGCCCCCUCCCACCCUGUCUGCCUGGGCUGGCUUUGUCCAGGGUGGGGUCUGGGUCUCCCUCAGGACUUUUGGUGCUUCUCGAGCGGAACUUUCAGAAAAAUCUUGAGAGCUGGCUGCUGUUUCACCCUCAUCAUUUCCUUAUUUUCUCUCCUCCCUGCUGUUUAUCUUUCCUUGUUCCUUCCGAGCAGGUUGUCUUAUACUGAGCUAACAGCCACCUCAGGAAAACCUCAGCUGAAAGUGGAUUUCCUGGCCAACACACACACACACAAACAUAUGACAGGAGACAGUCUUGCAUAGAGGCUCAUUUUGUGACAACAGCUUGCACUACUGUUCCUGUUACCAAGCUACCAGGUGCUGUUGAAAGUAGGGUGGUCCUGGGCAGGUAGCAGUAAUGGGAGCAUCUGUAAUUAUAUUAUCUCCUUUCUACUUUUGCAUUCGUCCCUCUUACUCAAAGCCAAACAUCAGGGUCCACACAGAUAAAGCUUCCUGACAUUUUUGUACAUUGUUUAAAUUCUGUUGCUCUUUAGCAUCACAUUUAUGCCAUGUGGUCUAAUCAUAAGGCUUGCGAUGGACACAGUUCACGUGCCAGAGCAUGACAGCCGUCUCUGUGGGGUGAAAUUCUGAUUAAAGCAGCAUAAGUCUCCUCUAAGUACUUAGACUUUCAGAAUUACAGUUCACUCUGAAGGACCUGUAUGACCUGAUACUAAGGGAAAAUGCUGAGACACUGAUUCGGUCAUAUUAAACUUGUGGCUUUUGCUCACAGUUCAGCCCAAGCUGAGAAAUUCUCCUAAACCUCUGAUGUUGUAUGAAUCCAAACCUGGCCUUUAUCGCGUUCGUCCGACUAUAAUCCUCCCUGUUUUGACCCGUAUGCCUUUUCUCAGUCCCAGUAUGCCCUAAUCUCUAUCGAUGCCUUUGUCCAUAUCACAAAAACCUCACUUGAUCCUACUGUUGUAAUGUUAUCACAUGACUGCUCUUAUUUAACUGUGAUUCUGAACGGGGGGUUGCCAAACCAGAAAUCCCUGUUCUGGCCCUGUGAGAGCAUGAAAACGACACCCUCGGUGCAUGACAGUUUAUAAGCUGUUUGUUCUAUGAAAAUCUCUUGAAAAUCAUUGUGCAGCCGUCUUUAUGUGGCCUAGAAAAAUACUCGGUCUAUAUGUUACACUUUGGCUCAAUGGUUCAAAAGUGCUGCUCUUUCUUAUUUACAGUAGCAGUUACUGUAAACAUGUUUUCUGUUGGUUAUAGCAACAAGAAAAGCUAAUAGAUUCAACAGCUGGAAAGACAGCUAACAGCUAUUCAAUCAUCUGUAUUAGCAUACUCAAUAUAAUGUGUACUGAACAUAAAGGACAAAGAUAACGUGUACAGCUUGUAGCCUUUAUAUAUCGAUGUUUUGUUUUUUUUAUCAGAGGAUUUUCGAUCAGUGCAUUAAGCUAUUCAGUCGUGUUUCUGGAGAGGUUUUUGGUCUGUUAUGUGAGUUUGAUUGUAGCGUGAUCAAUCUGUGGAAUGUCAGACUGAUUAUGGUCUGGGAUUUGGAGUCCCACUCUACCCAUUCACAAACCAUUAAGCUGAAUCUGCUGGUCUCAAGUGCACUUGUGUUAGUGGAAAGUGAGAAACAGUCAUUGUGCUCUUAUGGCAAUCCCAUAAAAUGUAUCAGAACCGUAAAAUGCCAAAAAAAAAAACAAAAAAAAAGCAUAUUUUCUAGGGAUGGUUAAACUGCACUGUGUUGUGCAGUUACUGUU